CUACGCCAUAUUGAAUCCCAAUAGAAAUCAGCUUGUGUUUUCCCCCUAUCUAGCGGCGUAGAGGGGGCUACUUUCCCCAUGGUCCGAACUCGGUUUCACGCUUAAUUUUCGUGUUUCCCGGGACGGCGUAGGGGCAUCUCUCGGCUUGAGGGGGCUCGGCGUGCGGCAUCACGACGGACUCGCUGGCGUUGUACCCAACACGGGAGGGGGGGUCACCGGAGAACCAAGUUGAAUGGAUCCGAGGGUAGCUUGGAUUCAGCCCGAACAGAAAGGACCGGCGAACGCCUUAUGGAUGCACGUCUGGGAAACCUCUCAGGGAGUGCGGACGCUCUCCGCGCAGCACGUCCACAACCAGUGCGUCAAUUACGCCGCGUUGGACGUGUUGAAAAAUGCCGUGGUAUCGAGCAAGAGCCUGGGCAGCGGCCAUCGCAGCAUCAUGAACGGCGGCUCGGCUUGUGUGAACGACGCCGCGAUAUCCUCCCUGGGCAUGGCGCUGUCCAACUUUUUCAGCCCGGCCUCCGACGCAGCCGAAGGGAAGGCAAUUAGCCCCAAGGCUGGCUCUUCGUCGCUGGAAUCCCGGGCGGCGGACAGUCCCCCCUCCGGCUGCUCGCUGGAGAGAACCACGGCUGGGAAUAAAAACGUCGGCCUGCUCUUCGCCCUGGGUGACAACACGGACAACAACCGGCUCCACCAACACCUCCUCCAUCACAACCGUCACAUGUUCCAUUUGCAGCAGUUGUGCGUUAAAAGUCACCAGGUGGCCCCUUCUGUAGCCGUCAACCACUCUCAUCACACCGUUCACCACCCCGGCCGGAGGAAAAGUGACAAUAAGGCCAGCACUUACGGGGUCAAUUACUUGCUUUCAAACUGCACUAAUAGCAACCACGUGAGCACUUGGACGCCCUGGAAGACGAGAAACUACAACCCGGGAGUCCUCGGACUCCAUGAAGAGGUGAUGGACUUCUACAACUUCAUGUCUCCGCGUCCAGAGGAGGCUGCUAUGAGGAAAGAGGUGGUCAACCGGAUAGAGAGGAUCAUCAAGGAGCUGUGGCCCACUGCAGAUGUCCAAAUAUUUGGCAGCUUCAGCACAGGACUGUACCUUCCAACAAGCGACAUUGACCUGGUGGUCUUUGGAAAGUGGGAGCGCCCCCCGCUGCAAGAGUUAGAGCAGGCUCUUCGCAAGCACAACGUUGCUGAGCCGUUCUCCAUCAAAGUGCUGGACAAAGCUACUGUGCCAAUCAUCAAGCUUACAGACCAGGAGACAGAGGUGAAAGUGGACAUCAGCUUCAACGUGGAGACUGGAGUCAAGGCGGCGUGCUUCAUUAAAGAUUAUGUUCAGAGGUAUCCGGUGCUGCCUUACCUGAUCUUUGUGCUGAAGCAGUUCCUGCUGCAGAGAGAUCUAAAUGAAGUCUUCACUGGCGGAAUAAGCUCCUACUGCCUCAUCCUCAUGGUCAUCAGCUUCUUGCAGCUUCAUCCUCGCAUUGAUGCCAGGAACCCCAGCGAGAACUUGGGCGUCCUGCUGAUCGAGUUUUUUGAGCUGUACGGUCGCCAUUUUAACUACUUGAAAACAGGGAUUCGCAUCAAAAAUGGAGGUGCAUACAUUGCCAAAGACGACAUGGCCAUGACCAACGGUUACAGGCCGUCCAUGCUCUGCAUUGAAGAUCCACUGCUUCCAGGCAACGACGUGGGCAGGGGCUCGUACGGUGCCAUGCACGUCAGACAGGUGUUUGACUACGCCUACACUGUCCUCAGCCACGCUGUGUCACCGCUCGCCCGAUCCUAUCCAAAUAAAGACUCCGAAAGCACCUUAGGGAGAAUAAUCAGGUUGACCCAGGAAGUGAUCGACUACAGAGAGUGGAUCAUAAAAAAGUGGGGUGGCAGGGAUCUGGCUCGAAUGGAUAACAGAGUGCCAACUCCCAAGGAGCCGGUGUUGAAUCAGGACCCCACCUGUGUUCUUGACAGUGGCAUCGGCUCAGAGGAGCAGCAGAGGGACUCGGUCUCCCCCCAGAGUGCAGACUCGCCAAUGUCCAUCUCCAGUCCCCAGCAGCACUCUUCUGCCUCCUCUGUCUCCUCGCUCUCUGGAUCAGACAACGACUCGGAUUCAGCACCACCAUGUCCUGUGCCUCCACCCCCUUUGCCCCCCUACGCAUCAUUCCCACCGCUGGGCCUCGCUUUUCCACCGGGAUUUAGCUUGGGCACGGCCAAACCAGGAAUGGCAGGACACCAUCUGCUCUUGCCUCCUGGCUCACAGGCUCGCGCUUCACUCCCCGGGGGUCUCCCAAUGCACUCCAUUGCUGGCAGACAGGUGUGUAUCGACACCCGUCUCCCCGCCUUCUUCCACAUGCCCCCCCCAGCCCAUGCCCACGCCCCCUCCAGUCCCCAGCCUCUGCCCAGCCACCACUCCAGCCACGCACAUAAGGUAGGCUGCAGACACAUCUCAUUCUUUCUGUCCCCUUUUCAUGUGUUUAAUAAACUUUCUUGUUUGGAGGUGUAUUUUUUCAGGUAAAUUCAGGCUGUUUCCCCAUGUGUAAAAUCUUGGCACAAAGAUUUGACUCCUCUGUUUAUUGUGACUUCUAUUUGAACUGUGUGAGACAUUGUCAAGUCGCACAUAGGCGGUCAGUUUUUUUCUGUGUUUGCUUCAGUCUCUGCUGCUGGAGUUAUUCCAAUAAUUGAAAAUCGUUGAACAAUGAAGAACAUAAAGUAAGCUAUAUGUCACUUUCUCCUUUUUUUUUGUAGGAGUGGGGCUUUCAUUUUAAAAAUCAAAUGUGACCCUUGAGCACGAACGUUAGCCAACCCCCGCAUUAAAGUGUUAACAUGCAUUUUAAAGCCUCGUUUUAGAGGGCAAUCAGUCCUUUAGUCAUGUAAAUGUUCUGACUGGAUGAUUGUCUCCACCACACCCUGUCCUCCCCAGAACGCCUGUCAAGUUCAACAUAAAGGGCUUUCACAACCCGCCGCUCAUCACCAAUCCGGCCGUGGCAACCCGCGGACACGCUCACACGCACACACAGUAUCACCGGAACACUUGGCGGCGCCGAAAGAGGGACAGCCUACCAGUCAGCCCCAGCAGAUAGAGACCGGGUGUCCCCCUCCCACUCCCCCUCACAGAGACCAGCAGUUUUCACUCGACCGGGGCGGCCGCUACAUGGAACAGCCUGCAGCUCUGCUUCAGUGUGACCUUUUGUUCACUGCUUUGUAGCGUUUCAGUAUUACUUUGCGGUCAGUAUUUUUGCUUCCCUCGGUUACGGCUCUUUAAAGAGUUCAUGUCUUGUUUUUUUGUUGUUUUUUGGGGGGGGUUUUUUUGGCACUGGUGGGAGCUGCCAUUGGCCUUUGCAAGCCUGUCUCGAGCCUCGCGGCAAAGCUGUCCCAAUGCUCAGAGUUUCUUUUUUUUUUUUUUUCUCUCUCCAUUUUGUGCAAUAUUUUUUUUUCCUUUUUGGAACUUAAAUGCUUAUUUAAUUUAGUGUGUAUAUGUCAAAGGCAUUUUUAUACAGUUUAUUUUAUUUUUAUAGCGUUUUUACCUUCUGUUUACGGAACCUUUUGGGUUUCUCUGGUGAGAUGGCGCCCAGGUCCGAGACCCCUCCUCUUCCCUACUUUUGCGGAGGAGAGCUUAUCUCUCAAUAAGCCCCACGUUUUCCCCUCCUCGACGAGGCGAGCCUGACGCUCAUCGAGGAAGUUUAGUUCCUCGUCCUGGAGGCAAGUGGCAGGAAAAUUACAGCCUGCCAUCAUAUCUUGGUGAGAGGAUGUAAUUGUCUCUUGGCUUUUGCAACCUCAAGAUUGUCUAUCUUCUCUUUGUGGACUCUGUUGCUGCCAUAUUUCUUCCAUCACUGCCCCCCCCCCCCCCCCCCCCCCCCCCCUUCUUUACUGUCCUUUUCCAAGGUGGGGAUUGCAAAAAUAGGUUAGAAAAAUGGCCUGCACCGACUUGUGAGAGCGACCUUAGGUGCGUAAAGCUGUAAAUCUGUGCCCAGGCAAGUACUAUAUUGUGCUCAGCCAUAAGGAGCUUCCCAUUUGAGGUCCGGGGCGAAAAAAAGGGAUGGCUGGGGUGGAGUCCUCCUAAACCAAGGACCCAAGUGAAAGGGAAUUAUAUUUUGAUUCCAUUCAGGAAUCUUGUGUAUAUUUGAUUGCCAGGUACUUCCGCUAAUUGUUUGCAAUGCCUUUCUUUGUGUUUACUCGGUGUGUGUCUGUGUGUGUCUUUGUGUGCACGCUCACAGAGAGGACAAGGCUGUGACUCGCCAUCAACACUACUAACGCACGCCCGUGUUAUUUCUAUGCAAGUGGGUUACUCCGAUUAUUGCGUCACGUCUUGUGCAUUUGCGGGUUGUUGCCCCCACCAAUUACCACUCCAAUGACGACAGACAGUGUUCAGUUGGACUGGCCAGGAGUUAAUUUAUAUUCUUCUGCUUUGUGUGUUUGAACAACAGCCCCCAUCCUCUUAAAUUAGUGAGACACUCCAGAAGUUUUUUUAACACCUUUACACCAAAUGUAAGGAAUAGGGUGUAUUUUAUCAUCCGUAUUUGGGGUCCGAGUAUGUGCAGUGUGUGUGUGUGUGUGUGUGUGUGUGUGUGUGUGUGUGUGUGUGUGAGACCUAGCAAAGUGGGUGAGGAGCGACUGUUUUGGAAUCAGACAGGAUGCGCCCAGAGAGCGACUUGCCCUCUGCCGCUGCAGCACCAGACAAGCUUUUUACAUUACGAUGUUCAAUGCUGUUACACUAUUUUAACUCUUUGUUGUUGUUUUUUUUCUCUCCCCUUUAUUUCUUUCCUCCACGGAAGAAAACACCCGGCAACUUUGACCUGUCACUCAUAACUGCCCACCUGGUCAUCAAUUUGACCCCCCAAUGAAGAAUUGGAAUUAGAAGACAUAGAUCAUGAGCUAAUCACCAACAUUGGCAUACAAAAAUGAUCUUAGCCAAAUUCGAAUCAUUAUUGACUCUACCGCCACAUUUUCUCACCUUUUAUGAUUGAAUUGGAACAGCACAUUUUUCUUCGGUUACAAGCCCUAUUCUGAAAUUUUAAAACAAGUCUUUAAACCCACGUCUGAUUUUAUGAGGAAGGGACGAUGAAAUGAGCGACGGGCAGUCAGAGUUGCCAAAUAUCUUCCUGCAGUAUCCUAUCUCGUGGAAACAUGUUGUGGCUCUCCUUGUGUUCUGAAGUGAGGCAACAAGAGGACAACAGCGAGUCGCUGGGGUUCUGCCCUUACAAUGUACAUGAAGGUUCAAUGUAACCUCCCUUCUGUUACAAAUAUGAUGAGGGGUUUUAAAAGUGUGGCUUACCUUAUCCAGUCAUUUUUGUCCCGGCCGAUUGUUGUGAGCCAGAAAACACUGGGCCAGCUUUUGUUUCGGGGCUUUUUUUUCUGGACGUUUUUAUGUAUGUUUUUCUAUUUUAUUUUUUAAAUAAACAUUUUAAAACUGCCACUCACCAUCUGCUUUUUAUGUAAAUUGAU